AUGGCCAAAACGACUCUCCUCCUUGCCGUUUCGUUCCUCGCAACAAUGCUCACCCUCUCCAGUUCUCAAGUAGCACCCCUCAGUCUCACCACAACCACGUGUCCCCUCCCGCCCGAGCUGUCGCCGGUCCUCCUCACCGACCAGACAUCCAAACUGAUCGCCUCCACGGACUACGGCAACAUGGUCCACGUGCAGCCGGCAGCCGUCGCCAACCCGAGAUCGGUUGACGACAUCUCCCUGCUGAUAAAGUCGUCGUACAGCUGCUGCGACCCUUACGGCGUAGCCGCCAGAGGGAACGGCCACUGUACUAAAGGACAAGCGAUGGUGCGCAACGGCGUCGUUCUCAACAUGCGGAGCUUGAGUAAUAAUGUUGGAAACGCGGGAUCGUCGAACAAUGUUGUGGUUUCCCCGGACCGUACGUUUGCUGACGUCAGCGGCGGGGCGCUGUGGAUCGAGGUGCUGAACGAGACUCUGAAGCUGGGAGUUGCGCCGGUGACGUGGACCGACCUCUUGUACCUGACCGUCGGGGGCGCGCUGUCCAAUGCUGGGAUCGGCGGCCAGACCUUCCGGUUCGGGCCCCAGAUCGCCAACGUUCACGAGCUGGACGUCGUUACAGGGAAGGGAGAGAUAGUGACCUGCUCGGCGAACAAGAGCUCUGAGCUGUUCUAUGCAGUUUUGGGCGGUUUAGGGCAAUUUGGAGUGAUCACCAGAGCAAGAAUUGCCUUGGCUCCCGCUCCCCAAAGGGUGAAAUGGAUGCGACUUUUGUACAGUGAUUUCACCACUUUCAGCAACGACCAAGAGAAGAUUAUCGCCAAUUACUCGCAGCCCGAUUCAGUUGAUUACAUAGAAGGCCAAGUGUUACUCGACAACGGCACUCCAAACCUGUGGGAGACUAGCUUCUUCCCGACAGAGGUUGUCCCCACCAUAACCUCCCUCGUCAAAGAAAAGGGCGUCGUUUACGCCUUGGAGGUGGCCAUCUACUACAACUCCACCAACGAGGAGAUCAAGGACCAGCAAAUGAAACAGCUGAUCAGGCAGCUAAAGAACGAGCGCGGGCUAGCUGCCAUGAAAGACGUGACCUACUAUAAGUUUCUAGACAGAAUCCCGGUGCCUGAUCCCUCGAUCCCGCAUUCCCAUCCGUGGCUGAACCUUUUCGUCCCGAAAUCCGGCGUAUCCAAGUUCAAUGACGGCGUCGUUAGGGACAUCAUCAUGCGAACCAACAUCACCGUCGGUCCCGUCCUUUUCUACCCGAUGAACCGCAACAAGUGGGAUGACAAGAUGUCGGUCGUUAUACCAGACGAGGAGAUUUUCUACGCGUUCUCGUUGCUGAGUCAGAGCAAUGUGGAUGACUGGCCGAAGUAUCUUGACCAAAACGCUGCCGUGUUGGCGCAUUGUGAGGAGGCUGGGAUUGAGGUCAAGCAGUACCUGGCGGGUCAUUCCACGCAGCAAGACUGGAUCAAGCAUUUUGGGCCGAAGUGGGCCGGUUUUCAGCAGAUGAAAGCCCAGUUCGACCCCAAGUUCAUCCUGUCCCCCGGCCAGAAGAUCUUCAAUUAG